AUGCUUAAAAUCUUUCAAGACAAACAUUCUGAAGACAAGGCUGAAAGAGAAACAACAAAUCAAAUUCAAAACACACAUCUUGUUCGGAUUAUUUCCAAUCCAAAGGAUAUAAAACAACAAAUUGAUGAAUGGGUUGCUCUCGCCAAUGAUCCUUCGCAUGACACAGUAUUUUAUUUGGAUACGGAAGUUGCAGGAUUUAGAACGAAAGGGGAACAAUUAUCAACCAUUCAGUGUUUACUUGUUUCUCGUGAACGACGAAAGAAAGAUAAUUCUGCUCUAUUUUCGGAUGAUGAUUGUGUAGUUCCAUAUUCAUUGAGAGAAAUUAUGGAAGAAGAACAAGUUGCAAAGUCGUCGUCAUCACCCCAUCUGCAAAAAGAGAGUAUUGACUCAUCCAACUUUGACGAGAAUGUACAAAGACAUAAUAUUCCUGAGGAUGCAAAAUCGUUUAGAGUGGAAUCUCAAAAUUAUAUGAAUAUCACUGCCUCUCUCAUUAACGAUUUGAAAAAUGCAUGCAUUGAUGAUGCAUUGCCUAAUGGAAAGAUUGUGAUUUUGGAUGUGUUGAACUGUGAAGAUAUUGUAGAUUACUUUGUUGAUAAUAUAAUGUACAAUGAACAUUUUGAAAAGGUUUUCCACUUUAAAUCUUUUGAUUUAAAGUAUUUGGGAGGAGCUCAAUAUUGCAAAAACGUGACCUGUACUCAUGAAAUCUCGAGCAAGUUUAUGCCCUAUCACUUGCUUCCUGUUUCAAACUUUAAACUAGAUACUUUAACCAAUCAUAUGAUUCAAAGGAUACGACACUAUUUCUCUUCUAUUGACGAGCAUUUCGAAAACAAUGCAGAUGAUUCAGCAAUGUCACAAUUGUCAUUGAGCGCACAAAACGAAAUAUUACGAAUUUUGACCUAUUCCAACAAGAAGGAAUUACAAGAGUCUGACUGGUUUACUCGACCUCUCACCACACUUCAAAUGGAGUAUGCAGCCCAGGAUGUGAUUGUACUUUUCGCAUUACAUCGCUUGCUUCUUUACAUGCUCGUGCGGGAAGAUUCAGCAUUUCACUGCCUCUCCUAUCUGAAAAAGUUGUACAAAGACCGAAGUGGAAUUACAUUCAAUGACGAUGAAGAUAAUGAUGAAAACAUUGGUGAAGAAAAUUCUUCCUCCCUCAUUCCUUCCUCAGUUUUGAAUUCGCAACUAUUCGAUCAUGCUCAACAUCUGGCUUCCAUCGAAAACUCCAUGAAAAGCAUCGAACAUGAAUAUAAAUUACUGGAAUCUAAAAUGAUGACUCUCCAAGAACGAGUGAAAGAAGUCAUGUUGCGAGAAGGUGUCCAUGAAUCAUCAUGCUUUAAGUUAUCGAGCUCAAAGAGAACGACCAUCCAGGUUCCAUUGAGCAAGCUUGUGGAGCAUGUGGGAAGGACCGAUAUCAACUUUCCGAUGGUAAUAACGUCAGGUUUAAAGAAGGCACUUCAUCAGGCUGGUGUUGGUGACAUUCCUCAGGAUAUUCUAUUGAAGAAGGACAAAUAUUUCUUAAAAAAUCGUUUGAAAAAAAUACGCCACAACACACACUCAGAAAUGUCAACCACAGAGAAGCCAAAACGCAAGCCAUUCCAACCUAGAAAGAAGCUCCCUGCUGAAGUUUCAUUGGAAACUACCUUCAAUCUCCACAGAGAGUUGGUUGGCAAGCCAAUCCAAAGAAGAGCUGCUAGAGCUGUUCGUGCUAUCAAGGCUCACGCCAGAAAGUUGAUGAACACAAGUAGAGUCAAAUUGGACCCUGAAUUGAACAAGUAUGUCUGGAACCAAGGUAUCCACAACCCACCAAAGAAGGUCAGACUUGUUUUGAGAAGAAUGGCUAACCCAGAUCACGAAGAUUGGGACAAGGUCAACAAGUUCCAAACUAUUGUUGGUUUCAAGGUUGUUCCAACAUUCAAGGGACUCCACACUGCUGUUGUGCAAGAAUCCGAAACUGAUUAA